AUGUCAAGCCCUCACUAUGUUCAAGUCGCUCGUGAAGGGAAACCUUCACCCAACAUUGUAUAUCAGAGCACCGAAUACUCAGAACAACUGAACGCUUGGCUGCGAGAGGAUCAUAAAGAUAUGCCGUGGCAUAUCCUUGAUUCGAUUGUACCGUCUAGCACUAACACAUCUGAGCCCAGCCCAAACACCAGCGCUUCACACAACCCUGCCACUCAGGGCAGCGCCAACCAAGCGUCGAGUCGAUCUCAUAUGCCACAUUACUUCGCCCAUCAUCGUCCCGCUCGAAGCCCUCAACGCACAGUAGUCGGCAUAGCCACUCAGUCCCCAGAACUCGAACGACAGCACAAGAGACACACGAGAUGCACGGUUAUAUACAGUAGAAGUCAAGGUCUCUGUAUUGGCGUGCUCAAUGGAAACUUUGCUAGUUCAAACUAGUGAAGCUCGGGAUAUAUAUAUGUACAUCAACCUCUCUGUGUGGGGAGGGAUGAUACUAGCCCUGUGUAAUUUGGUUAGUACUCUG